UCUCACCCAUUCUAUUGAUUAAUAAACCUAGAGAAGAAACAGUGGAGCCCAGAGACAGAAAAGAAUACAAGAGAUAGAACUCCUUCCUUUCAAAAUUACAUCAAGCCUGCCUUCUUAUUUGUUGAGAUGAUACAGCAUUACAGCAAAUCCUUUUGUUUUCUUUAAAUUGACAUAAAAACCCAAUCUUUUCUCACUACGGGGUUUCCCUCCUUAACACCAAGCUCUCACCUUCUUUUCCUGCUGGUGUGAUAGAGAAUAUUGUGGAAGUAUUUUCCGCAGAUCUCUCUGUUACAGUGGGGGAAUAGAAAAAGGCUAAGAUGUAUGAAGGUGAAGGAAUCUUCUUCUAAUGGGAAAUCCGAUGGUUCUAUGAUGAAGAGGAAAACAGUUAGAGUUGAUAAUAAUAAGGGGACUAUUUCUCCUCCCCAUCGUUCCAACAGGGACUUGGGGACAGCUAGGUCUAGUGCGAACGAGUUUAGAAAGCCAAUGACAUCAUCAUCUCCUGAGAAAGAGGACCGGUAUUACACCACAAGAGGGUCGGUUGGAUUGGAUGAUCAUACCAAGGUUCUUCCGAAACCAAAGGAGGAGAAGAAGUUCGUGUGGCCCAAGCUACUCGUCACAUUGUCUAGCAAAGAGAAGGAAGAGGAUUUUAUGGCAAUGAGAGGUACCAAACUUCCUCAGAGGCCUAAGAAAAGGGCGAAGUUGAUUCAACGAACAAUUCUUUUAGUGAGUCCAGGUACAUGGUUAUCUGAUCUGUGUCAAGAGAGGUAUGAGGUGAGGGAAACUGAAAAGAAGACAUCCAAGAAGAAGCCAAGAGGGUUGAAGGCCAUGGGAAGCAUGGUAAGUGAUUCAGAAUAGGAUUUGGACGAAAAGACAGAAGCAUCUCCCCUUAGGUUGGGAUGUGAUUUUGGUGCUUCUGUUUUGUUGAAGCAGCAAAGAGAUUGCAAGAUUUUGAAUGGCUUCUAUUCUCUUAUCACAUAUGAUGAUUGGUGGGGCUCUUGGGUCUUUUCCCCUUUACAUCUUUGGCUUUCUUUUUUGAAUUUCCAUUCACUAUAUUUGUUGUAUGGAUUCAGUCAUAAAGAUGCUUCCACCCCUUUACAUCUUUGGCUUUCUUUUUUGAAUUUCCAUUCACUAUUUUUACUUUAAUUAUUUUUUCCAUAUGUCCAUAGCUGUCACGGGUGCCUAUAUGGUACAUCCGGGUGUACGUACACCCGGCCCAACUAAGGGAGACAUCCCAUUAAUUGAUUCAGGCCAAAACAAAUUCGGUGGCAUUUUUUUAAUAUAAGCGAAAAUGGACGGAUUCAGCUAAAUGAGCAAUAAUGUACUUUUAAUGAGUAUCAGACCUAUUUUAUUGAGCAUCUGCGAAUUUAAUGUAGUAUAAUAAUUUUAAAAUAUGCAUUAUUGAUAUGGCAUUUUAAAAUGAGCAUACCAUUACUACCAAAUGAGCAUACAUAACUUACGAAAUGAGUAUCAAAAAAUUUAAAAACGCAUUUUUGUGUGCUCAAUCAUUUUGGACGUUUUACUCAUUUGAAUUUAACAUAAAACUCAUUUCAUUUGUGUAUUCAUAUGACAUUUUAAAAUGAGCAUAAAACGAAUAUUAAAUGAGCAUACGUAACUUACACAAUGAGAUAUAGAAAAUCAAAGCACUUCUUAAGAAUGAACUGUCAGCUCUGGAGGUCCCUAUUAUCACAAGCAUAUACGUAUAUUAAUUGUCAAUUGAGUAUAUCUAACAUGUUCACAACUUAAUUAAAUUAGCAAAUUGAGGUGAUGAUGGAUCCCUCUUCUUAAGCAUGAGCUGAAAGCUCUGGAGGUCCCUAUUAUCACUUGCAGGCACGUCUGCAACUAAUCUCAAACAGAGGAACAGCCUGGGAGAAGGAAUCUGGGGCAGCGCAGAUGCUGAAGAUGGAUUGGGAGAAGUUGAUAAUAAUUUAAAAAAUACCCGGAUGUACGGUCCUCACCGUUCAUCCGGGUGUAUGAUAUAAUUUGCGUAGCUGUCACAUGUUCUUCUAUAAAACAAGAAAUAAUAAAACAUUCUGUUUACAUUAAUAUUUAUCUUUUAAAUAUGUCUUAUUUACACAGC